UUUAUUUAUGGUUUUGCCUUUAUGUAUUACAAUAUGAUUACAAUCAAUUACAAUGUAUUCUUGUCUAUGAAUGUAUUAUUGUAAUCAAAAUAAAUAAUUUAUUAAUACGUUCAAAUUUUAUCUACGGUUUAAAUAUAUUUAUAUAUUUACUGUAUAUUGGGAUCAUAUUUUAUAAAUUUGCGAAAGUAGUAAAUUGUAGGAAAAUGUCUUUAACACCAAGAGCAGAAGGCCCCCCUGAAGAGGCAAUAAAAUCUCCUGGUUGUGCACAUUAUAAAAGAAAGUCAAAAUUUGUUACUCCUUGUUGCAAUAAAGUAUAUACUUGCCGAUUUUGUCAUGAUGAACGAGAAGAUCAUACAAUGAAUCGAAAAGAAGUUAGUGAAUUAAUAUGUACAUUGUGCGACACACGUCAACCAGUGCAAGCCGAAUGUCAGAACUGUGGAAUACGAUUUGGAAAGUAUACUUGCUUGGAGUGCAAUCUAUUUGAUGAUGAGGAUAAAAAUCAAUAUCAUUGCAAUGGUUGUGGAAUUUGUAGAAUUGGAGGAGCAGAUAAAUUCUUUCACUGUAAGAAGUGCAAUAUGUGUCUUCCAGUACAACUGCAAAAUAGGCAUAAAUGUGUAGAGAAUGUAUCCAGAGCUAACUGUCCAGUGUGUUUGGAAGAUAUUCACACCUCUCGUACUCCAUGUCACAUACCUAACUGUGGACAUCUUAUACAUCGUGUUUGUUUUGAGCAGCUUCUUCAAGCAGGGCAUUACGCUUGUCCGGUUUGCCAAACUUCAUUGAUGGAUAUGACACAGUUAUGGAAGUAUCUAGAUAACGAAGUUGCCCGCACACCAAUGCCUGCUGAAUACAGUAUUUGUAAAGUUGAUAUUUUAUGCAAAGAUUGUCAUAAGGAAAGCACGAUAAAAUUCCAUGUGGUUGGUUUAAAGUGCAGCUUCUGCGGUUCAUAUAAUACAUGUAGAUCCGAAGGUCCAAGUCCUCCCGUUACUGGACGUAAGAUCAGUUACAAUAUAUCAAGAGCAACUCAGGUAAAACAAUUUUUUGCUAAAAUUUUAGGCCAGGCUGCACAAACCAAUCAAAAUUUACAUCAGGAAAACGAAGAAGAAGCCACAUCAGCCAGUCAAAAUAUUAAUGAAGGUCAGAGCUCAUCGUCGACCGACGAAAAUCAAUCAGAAACGCAAAGGUCAUCUCAACAAUAAAUUUUAAUUGUUGAGAUUGAAAUACGUAUUUUUACUUAUGAUUGCAAAGUUAUAUUAGAUGUUGUGUAAUAGAAUUUUUAUUAAUUUUUUUCUUAAUUUAUUGCUAAUAUAACAAAUACCUAUGUAUAUCUGAUUAUCAUUAGAAAUAAGCUGUUAGAUUGACCUUGUACUACAAGCUUUAUAAAACUAUAAGUAUCUAUUUUGUCAAAACUUAAUGUCCAAAAGUAAAUUACUCCGAUUAAACUGAAAUGUGUAUUA